UGACCGUAUGACAAGUUUCCUACUAGAAAUGUAUUGAGUUUGUUGACAAAUUAAUUCUAAAUUUUGCAUUCCUUUUAUUUCGGUAUUUAUCUUAAUUCGGCUAAGCUGUAAAAGUUUUUCGACAUGACAUCCAUGGAUUCCGUUGUGGUUGCCAGCAUUGUGCAUUUGAUCUUCCGAUAUGGCUUUAAUAUGACACCACAAUCGGAGCUUCAAACACCUGGGCCAUCAAUUCCCACAGUCAUCGUAUUUGUGGCAGUACUGAAUAUUAUCUAUGAUAAUCGAUUCAUACCAGCACGCUUUGAUAAUGUCCCAGCUGGAUUUCGAUAUACUUUAGAGGUGGUGACAUCGAUUGUCUUAAUGGAAUCUGUCAUGAUAUUUUGGAUGUCGGUCGAACAUUGCGUAUUUUUGUUAUCCAAGCAUACACUUCUUGGCUUGGAACUUGUAAGCAGAUCCACCUACAAGCAACAUGAAACUCAAAUAAUUGGCGGCAUAACGUAUCCACUGUCUGUGGUGAUUUUUGUGAUAACUUCUCAGACCACUGAUCUUCACGUUCGGGUGCUUCAAAAUUUUAAUGACUAACGAUUCAAUAUAGUUACAAACUGGCUAAUUUUGAAUGAAGAUAAAAUAUUUUAUAAAAAAACAUAAAAUAAUCGAUUCUUCAAAUUGUCAAGAUACUCUGCAAUCUUUGAAUUUUAGAUUUUUUUAAAUACCCCAUUCAAAUAUUUAAGGUGGACUUCAUACUUAAAAUCAUAAAUGGCAGUCGAUACUCAUGGGUAGACUGUAUAAAUCAAUUAGUAUUUGACCAUAAAUUAUGAAAUAAAUAAAUAAAUUCAAUAAA